AACACUGCUCUGGAACGUCUAUCGCGCCACAUCCACAAAGUUGCUCAUGAUGUGGACAUCCUACAAAAGAGGGUGGACAAGCAACGCCUCGAAGAUGGCGAGGAGAUGGCAGACCCUGAAGUCAAACCUCGCGAACAAGAGGAACUGGAGCAGCAGCAAGAAAAGCUCGACAAUCUGAAGGAUUUUCAAAAGUCGCUUUUCCUUGAUGUGUUGCAUAAAUUCACAGUGUUGUUAACAGAAUUCAUAGUUCACUGUGAAACAGAAGGAACAGACUUCAGAACACCGUAUUUCUCAUGGAUCAAUGGUCGAUUCAAGCAAAUAUUUCUUAUGCAUGGAGCGGAUCUACACGAGUUUACUGAUGAUCUUCGGCGAGAGCUGUUCUCCAGUGCUGAUAUCGAUCCCAAUGUCUUGGAGACUGUCGUGAGUGAAGGGUUGUACUCCAGAGCUUAG